AGUCUCAAGACGGAGUGUUGACAGUUGCUGGCAACUCUGACCAUCAGCUGGUCCUGGGAGCUUAACUUAGAAGUAAACACAAAGUUAAUGUAAUACUCUGAUAUUACCGUCUCAGGAUGAAGCUGGCACCGAGGGCCGCCCUCAGGUAUGUGGGCGGCACCACCAGCAACCUUGUAAGCAAACGUCAAAUAAGAGCAUGGCAUUUGAUGAGUUCAAGAUUAGAGGAAGGGAGAGCAAGUAUUUUAGAAAAUCGUCCACUGCUUCUGCCCUACUCUUCUUUGCCAUGCCUUCUACCAGACCGCAGCAUUAUGGGAGGGGUCCUUGGUGGAAAGAAGAAGGAAUAUUCAGAGAGACGUGUUCUUGGAUACUCCAUGAACCAGAUGUUUGAUGUGGUGUCUGAAGUGGAAAGUUAUUAUAAAUUUGUUCCUUAUUGCAAGAAAUCUGAGGUGACAUUAAGAAGACCAGGAUUCCUUAAGGCUGACCUUGUGGUUGGGUUUUCUCCUAUGAUUGAAUCGUACACUUCAAGUGUCACGCUGGCACGACCACAUCUGGUGAGGGCUGUGUGCACUGAAGGCAAAUUAUUUAAUCACCUCCUAACAAUUUGGAAAUUUACACCUGGAAUUCAUGGUCAGCCUGAUACUUGCACGCUUGACUUCUCGGUGUCAUUUGAGUUCCGGUCAAUACUACAUUCUCAAAUGGCUCAUGUGUUCUUCAGUGAAGUUGUGCGGAAAAACGUAAAUUCCUUUUUAGCCGAGGCACAAAGACGCUAUGGUAAAGAAUCCAUUCUUGCUCGGCGUCCCCAGAUUGUACAAACCUCAUGAAUGUAGUGUGUAUAGGAAGUUAUUAAAGCGAAGAUUUUAUAAAACAAAGUUCAUAACUGAACUACAUGGUAAAAAUAAUUACAAAUUAACUUCUUUUAAAUCCUGUCAUUAGAUAGUGUUCUUAAAUGUAUGUAAUAUAUUUUUUAAAAUCUUACUUAAUGUGGUAGCUGUCAAAAUCAGAGUUAAAGGAAUAUUUUGCUGUAAUGAGACCACUUUUAAGGAAAGAUAAUUUGUAUUAUCUCUGAAGCUGACAUUAUUGCUUUUUUUUUCUUUAACACUACAGUACAAUAAAUGCUUUGGCACAUGUAGAAAAUGCCCAUUCAUAACUUCUUGAGCCAGGUAUGAGCAUAAAAGUGGGUGUUAUUUAUACAAAAUCAACUUGUUCCCAUUUGAUGUCGGAUAUUUUAUCUGAAACAUGUACAUACUCCUGUAUAGAUAAUGAACCUUUUAAGCAAGACCUUCCUCUGUCACUUUCCGAGCCACAGAUCUGUUCCUGCCCAAGCCACUGAAAAUUACACUAGGCUUUAUUGACUAGUGCCCCACAGGGACAAGUGUCUAUACAAGUUGUCCUCCCCCAUCCCCCUUCCUUGUCACUUGCAGAGAAGAAAUAUUAUUCAAUCCCCCACCAAGGAAAUUGUACUGUCAUCUUGUAGCGGCACUGCUGCCAUCUAGUUGGGGGGUGGUAUAAUAAAUGAGCUGGAUUUGAGUAGGCUGCAGAGAUUUGACUGCUGUUUCGUGUGUUUCCCACUUAUUUCAUGAAAAAAUAAAAAGUUCAUACUGUUCCUGCUCUCUUGUAAUAGCAAGUAGUCUCCGUGGCAGAUGAUUUAAGCUUCUUUGCCCUGGCUUUGCCCUGCAAUUCAUAGGAAAACUACAGUGUUUGAAAAGGCACUUGUCCUAUUGGGCCCCUCAGAUUGAGAGAGCCUGACACAAUUCUCAGGUGCCCUGAGUGGACACAGACCCUUAGCAUGGGGAGCGAAUGAGAGGUCACCUAGAGAUUUUUUUUUUAAGUAACGUAAGCCCUUAUUUUUAGACAUAAUUAUUGUAAAUAUAAUAUUUUUCCAAGCUCUUAAGUUAUUAUGUCUAUUUCUAACAUUGCAUUGCCAGAAAAUUAUUUGUAUUGGAAACAUUUAUUUGCAAGACGUUCUUAGACAGCCUGACAGCUAAGAUCCAUAAUGCCUCUCUUUGGUAAUGUUGUUAGACUAUUAUAAAAGUUGUUGAUGUUGGGUACAAUAGCUACUUCAUAAUUUUAGGCUGUAUAAAGAAGGCAGCUUGUAGUUGUUAAUAGUAUAUCGAUUUAACUGUGUAGUACCAGUACUGCUGUACAGUAUAGUUCUUAAGGUGUACAGAACCAUAUUUAUUGAGGCGAUUUUUUUUUUUUUUUUUUUUUAAUGUCUUAAUUUUAAUUUUUUUCAUACUUGGAAAGUAUAAUGUACAUUUUCAACCUGAUAUUACAGAUCCUUUAUGAAUUGCCUUUGUUAUAUAAAGGCAUUCUAUAUAUUUAUGUGCAUUAUAUUAAAAACGUUGUUCUGGCUCUCA